UUGAAGAAGUGUACAUUUUUGUGCACGGUAAAACAUAAAUAAUGAUUCCUAGACGAAUUAUUACACUAGUUAACGUCAAAUUAUUCAGUGGUUACUGUAAAGUAUCAUGAUCAAUGUGCAUUAGUUUUAUUUAGACGUAAGUGUGAGUUAAAAUGGACAAGAAAAAUGCGAUUCGCAGGGCCAAACGGCAGUCGAAAGUGCUUGAAGAAAAUUAUUGGGAUUGUAGUGUUUGUACGUACAGAAACAACGCAGAAGCCUUCAAAUGUUCGAUGUGCGACGUCAGGAAAGGCACGUCAACGCGCAAACCUCGCAUCAACCCGGCGCUCGUGGCGGCUCAAGCGGCCGGCACAGCGCCCACCAGCUCACAGAAACGGCCGCGGUCGCCCACCAGCUCACAGAAUCGGUCGCGGUCGGCAAACUCCCUCAAGAAGAAGCGACGGCAUCCACCACGACUUAGCAACGUGGAUAGAAGCUCGGCCCAGACCAGAGAGGUAACCGUCAGCGGCGUGACUGUAGUCAUAACAGAAUACAAACCGAAGAAGUCCGUGUCGAGCAGUUCCAGUGACGUCGAGUCUUCGAACGACGCGAGACCAUGAUGCACCAUCAACCCCCUAUACCCAAUUAUUCGUCUCACGCCUUUGCCGUUGGAUGUAUUGAAACACUAAGAUAAGUCCUAAGUUUAAGCCUAAUAGGGAUGUUUCCUGGAUAAAAGCAAGAGUUUGAAUUAGUCCGUCAGUUAACUUAUCAAAAAAUACUCGACACGUAUUUUGCACUUUUUCAAACAAAUGAAAAUUCAGAGAUAAUGCCCGUCAAAGUUUAAAACAAGAGGCUCGUGACGUCAAGGCGUGGUUAGUGUAGCACUUUGUGACGUAACGCGGAACUUCUACGCACCAUAACACUGUAAUUACUUGUUUAAUUGACAAGCAAAAAUAUACGUGUCCAAUAUUUUUUGAUAAUAUAAUUGACAGACUAAAAGUUUUUUUAGGAAACUAGCGUGUUCUAUGUCCACUCACUAACGUCUCAUGAUUUUACAGUAACCACUGUAACUAAUAAGGUAAUCCCGAUAUGCUAAUGAAAAGAGUUCUCGCUCUAUGUAAUAAUUUUAAACAUCAGCAUUUCUCUAGAAGGCUCAUAUUUUGAAGACGGACGCUUGAAAAUUUACGAAGGAAAUGUUAAGUAA